AGCAUGCUGGGUCGUUCGAUUUAUAACCAGUUUACCUGAGCUUUCAUCCUCAGAUAGUCAAUUGAAUACUUCGUCUUGUUGUCAAUAGUUCGGAAGGAAUCAACGAUUGUACAUCAGGAUAUGGCGAGCAGGGUAUCUACUUUGCUAGUGUAUGCAUACAUCGUUUGCAAUGUCUACGAUACGAGUGGACUGCACAAUGUACAGUGGGGGACACAACUGACUGGCAGACUGAUCGACGUGGUUGCUGGGGUCAGUUUCCUGGACUGUAUAAAGGAGUGUCAGUCUCGGAAACGAUGUUUAUCAGUCAAUUACAGAAGAGGAACCUUGUUUUGUGAAUUGAAUUCUGUAGCAUUGAACUCUGCUCAUGCCAAUGUAGAAUCAACAUCUGUAUAUUCAGGCAUGCAGUCAUGGGAAAAGAUUUUGGAGGAUCCAUGUGCGGACACUCCAUGUGGUGAUCAACAGAAAUGUACCUCACCAUCCGCUGGGGACGUUAACAAGUAUUCCUGUCAAAUGAUAGACUGUGGACCAGUGGAUACAUCAAACAACCCUGACCUCGUUGAAAUAAAAGGCGUUGGUUACCCGACAAUAGGAGUGGGAUCCAGGAGAGGGUUUCGUUGUGAGGGUUUCCUAAACAGCAAAAUUAUUGGCUACAUCCAGUGUCUUCCAGAUGGUGUUUGGUCCACCCAAAAACUGCAAUGUGUUUGUGAUUGCCGUGGAUUUUCCUCCAUGAUGGAUGGUACUACCACCAUUAACGAUAUACCCAACAUCCCCUACACAAUGACACUUUCUCAUGAAUGGCUGAUUAUCCAACGACGAUGUGGUGGAACAGAGAGUUUUUCUCGAACUUGGAACGAAUAUAAGAAAGGAUUUGGUUCCUAUGAGUCAGACUUUUGGAUAGGGAAUGAAAUCAUGCACCAGCUGGCGACUGAUGGAUUUAAAGUACUACGUGUGGAAAUGAUGGACUACAAUGGACAAAUGUAUUUUGCACAAUACACCAAUUUACAGAUUGAUAGUGAAACUGAUAACUACAAGAUACAUCUCCAUGAUGGCGAAUAUUCAGGCAACUUUUCUGACGAACUUUUGUAUCACAACCACAUGGAGUUCACAACAAUGGAUCGAGAUAAUGACAACCACGAGGACAACUGUGCAGAAAUAUUCAGAAAUGGCUGGUGGUACAACCACUGCUUCCAUGUGAAUCUUAACGGAUUGGGAAAUGAUCGGACGAAAUAUGGAAUACGUUGGAGGGAUGACAAUAAUGGUUAUACACAUAUGAAAUUUGUUCGGAUGAUGAUCAGACGACCUUGAUAUACAUGUACAUAGCAAUAUCAUAAAUGCGCAUAUGUGAACAUCCCCAUUUACUGAAUUAGAAUGAAAGCAAUCGUUAGAAAA